AUGGAACUGGGCGAUACAUCGGUCGAACUGGUCAUGUCGGACAGCAUUCAAGAUAAGUUUAACAAGUUAAACAUUGAGGCUGAGCUGCAGGUUAGUCUUCUAGCAGGUCUAGUGAAGUUGAACGGCUCUGGCGCUUACUUUAAUGAAGAAAAGAAGAGUGCUCGAGCGCAAAGUAUGUCCUUAGUGUACAAAAUUAGGACGAUCAACGAAGAAUUUAUGUUGCGCCAAAAUAGAGACAAGAUUGAUUUGGAAAUUCUGAAAGCUGGUGAAGAUCUUCUUGCAACUCACGUCGUUGUUGGUAUUGACUGGGGCGCUGUAUGUUCGAUCACUUGUCAGUCUGAGAACAGCGAUGGCAAAGACGAGUCUACUGUCAAGGGAGCUUUAGGUGUCCAUCUCGAGAAACUAAAGGCAAUCGUUAACGUCGAAGGCUCCGCAAAAGUUGAUAUCAAAGACAUUCAGAAAGAGAAGCUCGAAAAUUUCACAUUCAAGUGCAAAAGUGACGUUUCAACAACAGAUAAAGAUCUCCCUACAACAUUCGAAGGCGCACUUGAACUUGCUAAAAAUCUCCCUAAGAUUGUUAAGCAAACUAAUAAGGGAAAGGGAGUUCCGAUAUUGUACAUGUUAAUGCCUCUUGAAGCAGUGACGAAGAUUUUCCGAUUGCCAAUAACCUUAGAGCUGCAUUUUUCAAGCGUACAAGAAGACAGCAUCAAGCGAGUCGCACAGUUCAUGGAGAGUGUCAUCAGCAAAAGACAGAAGUUAUUUGACGUGCAAAAAGAUUUACAUACCUUUGAGGAAUUUGUCGCUGAAAGUUCACUUUCUGACAUCGACAAGUAUAUGGAUUCUAUCACGCUAGAUGAAUCAACAUUUAAGCACAAGCUGCAAGAACUGGUGAAAAAAGUUCGUCGACAGGAAGCUGACGUUUCAUCACUUGAUCAAUUUGUAAGUGAAAGUUCUGGCGAAUCUUCCCUUUUUGCAAAGUAUGACGAACAUAUACGACAGUUCCAGGGAGACUUGAAUAGAGUUAAUACCAUCAAAGCUUGGAAAAGGAGAGGUAUAAUCUACUUGGGGAAGAGAGAUCAAUUUACUGUUGAUGAUGCAGACGUGAUGUAUAUUCUUUAUAAGCCGAAUUCCAACACUGACCGGAAAAACGAAGAAUUUUUCCUGCGAUAUCAGAAAAUCUAUUCUCAAAAACAAGGAACGAUGUUCAAAGUCAUUGACGAAAAUAUUCGACCGGACCUCUGGGGGAAAAGAAAGAAUAAAGAGAUCAUCGAAGAGUACAAGAAUGGUCUCAAGACUUGUGACAACUUUUACGAAAAAGAGGGCAAAUUAACCCAAAUGUGCCUGGUGAAGCAAGGUAAACCAGGAACUUGUAACUGCAGGCCAAUUAAAAGAGCGAAUGUUAAGAUUAUGUGUCCAAACUCCGUCAGCGGCACAAAAGAGUGUUCCAGUGGUCCCAUAACCUGGCAUUGCAGUAAAUGUAAAGAAUUGAUAGAAUAUGGAUUGACAACCUCUCUGUUUUACUGCCAGUGUGGUGAAUCGAAGCCUACCGAGUCCCUUUUUCGCUGCAAUGAAAGCAGUCAUGGCGUUGAUUUCAUCUCAUAUCCAGAAGAGCUCCUGCGUGAAAAAUUGAGCGUCCUACGAGAGAUUCAAGAGAUGAAUAUUCUGAUUCUUGGUGAAACUGGUGUCGGAAAAUCCACAUGGAUUAAUGGAAUAGUAAAUUACCUGUCGUUUGCUGAUUUGAACGAGGCUAGAGAAGCAGACAAUCUCCUUGUCCUCAUUCCUUCCCAGUUCUUGUUUACAAAAGAUGGCAAAUCCGUCGAGGUAAAGAUCGGUGAGAUUUCUGAAAAUGAGGUGCUGCAGCCUGGACAUUCUGCCACCCAAGAAACAAGAUCCUAUCUUUUCCAUGUUGGUGAUUUGAAGAUUCGUCUCAUUGAUACGCCAGGUAUAGGUGAUAGCCGGGGGAUUGAACAAGAUCGAAAGAACUUUGACAAUAUCCUUUCCUACUUGAACCACUAUGAUGAGAUCCACGCGGUUUGCAUCUUGUUAAAACCCAACAAUUCAAGACUAAAUGCAAUGUUCCGGUUCUGCAUUCAAGAGCUUCUCGUAAGGCUGCACACUUCCGCAAAGAAUAAUAUCGUAUUCUGCUUCACGAACUCGAGAGGGACAUUUUACCAGCCUGGUGAUACCCUACCUUCCUUAAACAAAAUGUUGAAAGAAAAAAGAAUCGGAAUAACAGCCAAUCCCAAAAAUUAUUUCUGCUUUGACAACGAGGCUUUCCGAUUUUUGGCGUGUCUCCACAAUGAGAUCACUUUCAGUGACGAGGACGUCAAGAUAUACGCCGCAAGUUGGGAAAAAGCAGUAAACGAGACGAAUAAAUUGUUUGGUCAUAUCAAAAAAAUACCUCCACAUGAGACUAAAAAAACAAUCAGUAUGAAUGAAGCACGCAGAGUGGUCGUAGCUAUGAGCAAACCAAUGGCCGCAGUUGCGAAGACAAUACAAGAGAACGUCCAAGAAGCAAACAAUGCAAUGGUUGAGAUAAAGAAUGAUACGCUUAAUAUGGAGGCGUUGGAAGAAAAGUUAAAUAUCACUGGGGUAGAUUUGGAACGAAAGAAGCUUCCGUAUCCUAUGACAGUAUGUACUAAUUCCGCCUGUACCGAAAUAGUAGCUGUUGGUGGUGAUGAGAUCGUCAACAGGAAGAAUUUCACGCAGAUUUGUCACGAUCAUUGCAAUAUUUCCGGGGUUCCCACAGAGACCAGGAAUGAUCCAAGGCUUCAAGGUUGUAAAUGCAUCAGUGGGAUAUACUGCCUUAAAUGCCGUCAUCACUAUAAUGAUCACAUGCAUUUGACAUACACCUUGGAAAAAGUUUCCAAACAGUUCAUUUCAAAGGAUGUCCAAAAGAAAAUCCUGGCAAAGAAGACAGAGAAAGAACGAAAAGAGGAAUACCAGGCGUUUAUUGACGGCAUGUUGAAUGAGCUUCAAAACGAGGAGAAAUUAAUCAUGCAGGUCAGCGCGAAGUAUGGAGCAUUUCUUAAAGACAACGCUCUUAUCCCGUAUAACGACGCCGUUGGAGAUUACCUUGACUUGGCUAUCAAAGAAGCAAAAGAAUCACCAAAAAUUUCGCGUGACGCCGAGCUUUUGGAACGACUAAAAAAGCUUCGGUCUGCAUACGAGAAGGAAAAACAAAUCUUGGACGAGGCUAUGGCUACAGGUAUUAGCACUACGUCCGAACAAGUAAUUCAACUUCAAAAUGAACUUUUUAAUCUCAAGCAUUUCGGAAAAUCAUUGAAGAAAAUUUUUGAUGAAAUUUCAAUAGAUCAAUCAUCUCGAAGCUUGCAAUUUCGUGAGACUGUAGCCUUAAUGCCCCAACGUUCGGUUCAAGAUUACAGCAAAAAAGGGCCAGGAGUGCAAACUGGUGAAUUCAAGGUGUUACAGUGGUUUUCCAAAAAAUUUAACAACUUAAAAUCAUACUGGCAAUGA